UCGCAUUCGGUGACCUUACCGUCCUCGAACCAAAUUCAAAAUCCCGCUUAUCUAUUCUCCCCCUCUCUCUUUAUUUAAAAAAAAGAAAAAGAAAAAGAAAAAGAAAGGUAAUGGAGAAAAUCUCAGUCGCCGUGAGAUUUCGGCCAUCGUCAGGCCAAGAGGCCGCCGAAGAUCGGCAAUGGAGGAUCGAGGACAACCGGAUCUCCCUCCACAGACCCCUCGGGACUCCUAUCUCCGGCGUCUCCUUCGCCUUCGAUCACGUAUUCGAUCAGACGACGGGAAAUGCUGAGGUAUAUGAUCGACUCUCAAAGCCUAUCAUCCAGGCUGCUGUUGGUGGAUUCAACGGAACUGCAUUUGCUUAUGGCCAGACCAGCAGUGGCAAAACCUUCACGAUGAAUGGUUCUGAAGAUGACCCCGGUAUCAUUCACCUUGCUGUCAGAGACAUUUUUCAUUCUGCUGAAAGGAUUGUGGACCGCGAAUUCUUGAUUAGAGUCUCCUACAUGGAGAUUUAUAACGAAGAGAUUAACGAUCUCCUAUCAUUGGGAAACCAGAAGCUUCCCAUCCAUGAGAGCUUAGAUCGAGGCAUUUAUGUGGCGGGCCUUCGAGAGGAGAUUGUGAAUAGCGCUGAGCAGGUGCUUGAACUAAUUAAACUUGGCGAAGCCAAUCGACAUUUUGGAGAAACAAACAUGAAUGCUCGUAGCAGUAGAUCACAUACAAUUUUUAGGAUGGUUAUCGAAAGUAGUGCAAAGGAUCCAACAUUUUCUGGUGAUGUUUCUGAUGCGGAUGCUAUCCGGGUUUCCGUUCUGAAUUUGGUGGAUUUAGCGGGGUCAGAAAGAAUUGCAAAGACUGGGGCUGGUGGAGUACGUCUGAAGGAAGGAAAGCACAUAAAUAAAAGCUUAAUGAUUCUUGGGAAUGUGAUCAAUAAGCUGAGUGAAAAUGGAAAACAAAGGGCACAUAUUCCAUAUCGUGAUAGUAAGCUGACACGCAUACUUCAACCAGCUCUUGGUGGCAAUGCUAAGACUUCAAUAAUAUGUACUGUAGCACCCGAAGAGAUUCACAUAGAGGAAACCAGAGGCACUCUUCAGUUUGCAAGCAGAGCCAAACGUGUUACAAAUUGUGCACAAGUGAAUGAGAUUUUGACUGAUGCUGCACUGCUGAAAAGGCAAAAGCUAGAAAUUGAAGAACUGCGCAGGAAACUUCAGGGGCAACAUUCUGAGGUCCUUGAACAAGUUAUAUUAAAACAGAGAAAUGACAUGCACAAGUCUGAGCUGGAGCGCGAAAAGCUUGCAAUGGAACUUGAGGAAGAAAGGAAAUCUCGUGAAGCUUUAGAGCGAUGCUUGAAAGAACAACAAAUGAAGAUAGAAAGCUUCAGCACACUUUCACUGUCUACGGAUCAAGUUAACGGCACGACUCAAGAAAGAGCUGAUUUAGGGAGUAUAUCUGGGGAGCUAUCCAGUGGUAAUAUACCACAUGAGAAUGCAUUCAAAACUCCCAAUUUCAGAUCUAUAUCAAAUGGUUUUGUCGCCAAACGAACUUCCUGUUCAAGGGCACUUGAUUUGAGUCCUAUUCCUGAUAAUUUCGCCAGUGUAGCAGAUGAAGACUUGUGGUUACAAUUGAACAAGGGAUGCACAACUAAUCUUGAUAUGCUUCAGAUGACACCCAACAUAAAGCAGCAGUCUGUGUCCUCAGCUGAUAUAUCUCUUGAACCACCCACUGGGGAUGGAGUUUCCAAAGAAAGAUCUCAUAGCUCGGAAUCUGACUUCAGUAGGCACGAACUGCAGCUAACUGAAGUAAAGGAGCAGUGUGCUGCUCUGGAAAAGGAGUGCAACCAAUUGAAGGAGGAAAAGGCAUCUGUUGUUCAAGCUCUCUCAAUGUCCGAACAAGACAUUGAGCUUCUCAGAACUGAGAAGGAAGGACUACUGAAGGAGUUGAACAUUGAAAAGCAGAAGAUGAAGGAUCUCAAAGAAGAUAUCAGAGUAUUCAGUUUGGCAUUUUCACAACGUGAGGGUUUACUCACAUCCCUUUAUAGCAAGUCUAAAGCUAUGAUGGAAAACCUUAAAGCGCAUCGACCUCCAAUGGCGAUACCUAAACCGUGUGAUUUCUGAUCCGAGUCGAUUAAUGUUUGUUGAGUAAGAGGUUAGUUUUAGUCCUUUAUGUUUCAGCAUCGUUCCUUCGGUUGUUGUAUGUAUUGGAUAUUACAUGUUGUCUUCUUAAUAGUUGUAUGUGUAUCACAAACAAUUCUAGCAUAAUUUAUCAUAUACACACUUUAGACUUGUA